AUGUCUCAACAUCAACCGACAGUUUUAAUUACUACUCAAAAUGCUCAUCCAUGGACAAUUAGUGGUUUCAAUGGAUUAAAUGGUAAUGUUCUUCUAACAUUUAAAUGUGAUGCGCCUAUUGCAUCUCAUUCACUCUUAUGUUCUCGUGAUCAUAUCUAUGCUGCUGCCAUCGAUCGACCUUCAAUUUAUGUUUGGAAAUUAAAUAGUCGAAAUCGAGAUUAUAAAAAAAUAACUGUUGCAGGACCUGUCAGUUCAAUGACAUUUAUUCGUGACUCAACUGUUUUAGCUUGUGCAGUUGGAAAUAAAAUAUUUCUUUAUAAACUUGAUAAUGGUGAACAUUUGAUAACACUUUCAGCACACAUUCGCACAAUAAAUCAUUUAUUAUUUGAUGAAGAUCAAGAUUGUUUAAUAUCAGUUGGUGAAGAUAAUCUUAUUCAUCGAUGGAAUAUUGAAGAAAUGAAUCCUGGUCGAAAUAUUGAUAUUUCUCCAUCGAAAUCAUUUCAAGGUCACACUGGUCCUAUUCAUGAUGUUUGUCAAAUAUCUAUUGGAAAAUUUAAUUUAAUUUUAACAGCUUCAAGUGAUCUUAGCGUUCGAUUAUGGGAUAUUGUAACAGGAAAAUGCUUAUGUACAUUUUUAUUUCCCAAUGAAAUCCAUUCCAUAUGUGCGUCAUCAUUUUCUACGACAGUUUAUUGUGGUACUGAUGUUGGUACAAUAUUUAUUGUUUCACUACGAACAUUAACAACACAAUUUGGAGAAUUUCAGCAUCAAAAUCCAACUAUUACAAUUGAUAAUAAUAAUUCAAAACAAUUAAUUCAUCAUCAAGGUUCGGUCAUAUCACUUCGAUUGAGUGCAGACGAGCAGAUUUUAUAUUCUGGUGGUCUAGAUAAAGAUUGUGCUAUGUGGGAUUUAUCAUCAGGUCAAAUACGUUUCAAAAAAUCAUGUUCAAGUCCUAUUACAAAUAUCCUCCUUGCAAAAAUUGAUACAGAUGAUGUGAAUGAUGGCUCAAGCAUUUCUAUUCCAUUCAGUAAUUUCUCAAAUGAAACAAGUGGUGAUGUAAUAGCAACUACUCUUGCAAAUCGAAGUGGUUGUUCACAAAGACCAGCAUGCAGUCAGGAUUUAAUAAAAUUUACUCCUAUGCCACCGGUGAAUGGUGAAGCUGACGAAUCAGCAGUGAUGGCAGCACCAACAUUCGCUCAAAUGGCUCGUUUAUUACUUGAGCAACAGAUGAGUUCAUCUUAA